CUCGUAUUUGUUCCCAAACGCAUCUCUUGGAGAAUUCCCUGAAACUACUUUCCCCCAAAACCUCAUAGCGAAAAGCGAAAAGGGUUAUUCGAAAUCCAAACCCUCGCCGAAGCACAACAAUUGGAGCACAACAAUGUCGGAAUCCGACCGGAAUCUCGGCUACCUCACGAAGAAAGAGACGGAGGUGAAGCUGCCCCGUCCUACGCGCGUCAAGAACAAAACCCCGGCGGCGAUUCAAAUCACCGCCGAGCAGAUCCUCCGGGAAGCCCGCGAGCGCCAGGAGGCUGAAAUCCGUCCGCCCAAGCAGAAAAUCACCGACCCCACCGAGCUCGCGGAAUACCGCCUCCGCAAGCGGAAGGAGUACGAGGACCUAAUCCGGCGAGUGCGAUGGAACAAGAGCGUCUGGGUGAAGUAUGCCAAGUGGGAAGAGUCACAGAUGGACUUCGCCCGCGCGAGGUCCGUCUGGGAGCGCGCCCUCGAGGUGGACUACAGGGACCACACGCUGUGGCUCAAGUACGCCGAUUUCGAGAUGAAGAACAAGUUCAUCAACCACGCCAGGAACGUAUGGGACCGCGCCACUGAGCUGCUGCCCAGGGUUGACCAGCUCUGGUACAAGUACAUUCAUAUGGAGGAGGUGCUCGUGAACGUGGCUGGCGCCAGGCAGAUUUUCGAGCGGUGGAUGAGGUGGAUGCCUGAUCAGCAGGGGUGGCUCUCGUACAUAAAGUUCGAGCUAAGGUACAACGAGGUCGAGAGGGCACGCUCGAUUUUCGAACGGUUUGUGGAUUGCCACCCGAAGGUCUCUGCGUGGAUUAGGUUUGCCAAGUUCGAGAUGAAAAAUGGAGAUAUUGCACGUGCCAGAAACUGUUACGAGAGGGCGGUGGAGAGAUUGGGGGACGAUGAGGAAGCUGAGCUGUUGUUUGUGGCUUUUGCACAGUUUGAGGAGAAGUGUAAGGAGACUGAGCGAGCUAGGUGCAUAUAUAAGUAUGCACUUGAUCACAUCCCAAAAGGGAGGGCCGAGGAGCUUUACAAGAAAUUCGUUGGGUUUGAGAAGCAGUAUGGGGAUCGGGAGGGGAUCGAAGAUGCCAUUGUUGGGAAGAGGAGGUUUGAGUACGAGGAUGAGGUUAGGAAGAACCCGCUUAAUUACGAUGCUUGGUUUGAUUAUAUCCGGUUAGAGGAGAGCUGUGGGGACAGGCAGAGGAUUGAGGAUGUUUACGAGAGGGCUAUAGCAAAUAUGCCCCCGGCCCAGGAGAAGCGGUAUUGGCAGCGCUACAUAUAUUUGUGGGUUAAUUAUGUUCUGUAUGAAGAGCUGGAGGCGCAGGAUGUGGAACGGACAAGAGAUAUAUACAACUUAUGUCUGAAGAUGAUACCUCAUGGAAAAUUUUCAUUUGCGAAGAUUUGGCUGAUGGCUGCUCAGUUUGAAAUACGCCAAUUAAAUAUUGAUCGUGCACGGCGAAUUUUGGGAUCAGCAAUAGGCAUGGCUCCCAAGGAUAAGAUAUUUAAGAAGUACAUUGAGAUAGAGCUGCAACUUGGUAAUAUAGAACGGUGCAGAAAAUUGUAUGAGAAGUAUUUAGAAUGGUCACCGGAGAACUGCUAUGCAUGGAGCAAGUAUGCUGAGCUGGAGAGAUCCUUGGCGGAAACUGAAAGAGCCAGAGCUCUUUUUGAGCUUGCAAUUGACCAGCCUGCGUUGGACAUGCCAGAGCUUUUGUGGAAGGCAUAUAUUGAUUUUGAAAUAUCUGAAUUUGAAUUUGAGAGAACUAGGGCACUUUAUGAGAGGCUUUUGGACCGUACAAAACAUUUGAAGGUGUGGAUCAGUUAUGCCAAGUUUGAGGCAUCUGCUAUGGAAGAGGGUCUUCAAGAAUCAGACUUGUCUGAAAGUGACUAUGAGCAGAAGAAAAAGGGUCUACAACGUGCCAGAGCUGUUUUUGAAAGAGCCCUUAGCUAUUUCCGAAAUUCUGCUCCUGAAUUGAAAGAGGAAAGGGCCAUGCUCUUGGAAGAGUGGUUGAACAUGGAAAGCAGCUUUGGCGAGCUUGGUGAUGUUGACUUGGUCAGAGUUAAGUUGCCGAAGAAACUUAAAAAGAGACGGCAUAUAGAAACUGAGGAUGGUCCAGCUGGUGUUAGUCCAAUGCUCAUGUUUGUUUUAACCCGGCCAGAUGAUAUUUCUGCAAAAUUCAUCCCAUUUCAUGGAUAUUCUCUUGCGUAUUUGAUAUUGGUGGAGUUUUAUUGGUAUGAGGAAUAUAUUGAUUAUCUUUUCCCUGAAGAGACUCAGACUACAAACCUCAAAAUCUUGGAAGCUGCAUACAAGUGGAAGAAGCAGAAGAUUGUUUCUUCUGAUGAUGAUUAGCUUGGUACAAAGCUUUGCUAUCUUCAUUGGAUUUUGUUGAUAUACAGUUGGGAAUAAUUUCCUUUCCUUUUCCUUUCUUUCUUUAUUCUUCUCCAUUUCGAGCUUUGACGUUAGACACGUACCCUGAGUUUGUUGUACUAUCAUUCUGUAUGAAGUAGCAGUUUUGGUUUGUGUUUUAGAAACUGGCUAAUUCGUUUUCCCUUUUAUUUUUAUGUUAUUACCCUAAGCACUGUGAUUAGUGACACUGAGGAGGGUGUUCUAUUUCAUAUUCUCACUAACCAUGUUGCAACGGAAAACGACUCGACUGAUGUGGCAUGGAUCGGAACUUGGAAAUGGCAGCCCUUCAUCUUCUUUACUU